GAUUUGACGAGACUGCUUGUCACGUGACCCGGAUGAACGACACUUGGCGCCGUAGUUUCAGGGAUAAAGACAUAGACUUGAUGAAAGUCGACGACGUCAUCGCGGGCACCAACAUGAGCAAGACCGACCCAGAGAUGAAAUGUGGAGAGGACUAUGACGAUCCGCACUGUCCACAAUGUCUCAUCACAUUUCGGUCCGCUAAGACCAGAGAGAACCACAUGCGGAGGACUCACCCAGAGCAGUACAGCAGGCAUUUGAUGCAGAACCACACGCUGUUCUCGUGUUAUAAGUGCGAUAGGCUUUUUGGUUCGCCGGAGGAGCUUAAGGUGCACAGUGGGCUCCAUCACCAGGCCGACGACAUCCCCGUCUGCUCCUCCUGCUCCAAAGUCUUUACCAACUUUAGUGGGCUCUACAGGCACAAACGGACGGGCUGCGUGGAAGGCGUGUGGCGCUGCAGGGACUGUGGCGUGCGCUGUCGCAGCCUCAUGGACUUUCACUUGCACUGUAUCGAAGAGCACGAUAAGGACGUGGUGUCGGCGGCACAAAGUGGCGGGCGCCUCUGCUCCAUCUGCUGGCGCCACUUCCUCACCGACGAGGCGCUGAGGAAUCACCAAGACAGGGUCGACGGCGCUGUAAUGCAGCCCACUGUUAAACGCAACCUGCAAACCAAGACCACCAAGGUCCGCGAUAAGAAGAAGAGGGUUGAGGACGACGAUGUCAACAAAGACAAUGAAGAGGACAAAGAGUUGAGGAUUCCGUGUCCUGAAGAUGACUGCGAUCUGGUGUUCCCGUCCAUUGACGCCCUGAGAGCACACAAGAGGAGCCAGCACCCAGCACAGCCACCAUCUUCUUUGGCUCACAAGAAGUGCUGACCACGGCAUAAAUGCCAGCCUGUACAUAAGGAUUGUUUGUUUUCAGUGCCGCAGCCUUUUUUUCACUUUUACACUCAAUGGCAAGCUUUUUCCUCAUCAGCACCCAUUGGAGUUGUUUUAAAGCCUUCAGAAGAAGGGUGGUGGGGGGUUAUUGUGAAAUACAAGCAUUUGCAAUUGCUUUUUAAUUAUUAUAUUUUUUUCCCCAAAAUGAUUUUUUGUUAAAAAAACAUAUUUGAAUGAUCAGUGCUUUCGGUUAAUAUGAAAAAUUGUCUUCAAUAAACACAAAAUAUUCAUGUUGAUUUCA